ACAGGACAAGGAGACCGACCACUCCGUUGCACCAACUUUUAUUCCCCUACAAACUUUACGCCAAACCAGCGAUCACAAUGGGGAAAGGCUGCAUGAAGGCAAUCAAGUACUUCCUGUUCCUCUUCAAUGUCCUCUUCUUCCUGUUUGGCGCCCUCAUCAUGGGGUUUGGACUGUGGGUCCUUCUGGACAAUGAGAGCUUCAUGGUCAUCCUGCAAGAGUCCUCCACAGCGCUGAAGAUAGCUUCCUACAUCCUGAUAGGUGUCGGUGGUCUCUCCAUGUUGAUGGGCUUCCUGGGUUGCCUGGGGGCGAUCUACGAGAUCCGCUGUCUGCUGGGCCUGUACUUCACCUGCCUGCUGCUGAUUCUGAUUGGUCAGGUGGCAGCCGGUGUACUCAUCUACUUCCAGAAGGACCUGCUAAAUAAGGAGAUGUCCAACAUCGUGACCCAGAUCCUGAGCAACUACCCUGGCAAGAACAGCACCACCGAGCAGGCCUGGGAUUACAUACAGAGGACGAUGGAGUGUUGUGGAUGGAGUGGUCGUAUGGACUGGCAUGGUAAUGCUGUCGUAGUGAACAGUUCCCAGCUGUUGUUCCCGUGUUCCUGUCAGAACGUGUCUCUGGUUGAGGGUAACUCCUCCUCCGACAGUGGUUUCUGUGAGGCGCAGUCAAUUGAUUGGCCCGUCUACGACAGGGGCUGUAACUCCAGUGUAGAGAGCUGGCUGUUUGCCAACGUUGGAGUGAUCCUGGGGGUCUGCCUGGGAGUGGCUGUCAUCGAGCUCCUGGGUAUGAUCCUGUCCAUAGGGCUGUGUAAGAGCGUACACACUGAGGAUUACACCAAAGUGCCAAAGUACUGAAGAUGAUGACGGGGGACGCUAUGACACACACACACACACACACACACACAGACACACACACACACACACACACAGACACACACACACACACACA